GUCUGGUGCGUCUGCUCCGCCCGGUACCAUAAUCUGCACAUAAGCCAAAGAAGCACCUGACAUUCUAACAAUCUCAAACCAGUCUUUCGCAGCGAUCGUCCCUUGCGCCGUACAUACCAACCAAUGUCUUUCGCCCAGCCUACUCCGUACUUGCAUACAUACAAGUUAACUACGGUCUAGCUAAAACUCUAGAUCGUCCGGCAACAUGGAUCCGCCUGUGGAAAUUACUAUGUACACUACUAGUACGGAGCCCCUAGGAGCCCCUAGGAGCCCCAUUGUAGUUUGCGGUGGUGAGAGGGGUAAGGUGACGUUGAAGCAUGCCACUGAAAGGAGACUUCAACGAGACGCUUUCGGGCGGGCGCGAGCUUUAUUGGUCAAUGCGACUUAAUUUAGGUUGCUACCUACCUAUCAACGGGCCUUUGGGUGUUAGGUGAAGAAUAUUAUUUAUACAUCAUGAUUAUCGCGUCAAACAUUCUCAAGUCCACCAUCAACAUCAGACAACUUCGAUAUAAGUUAAAUAAACUUUCGAAACCCAGACCAACUCUCAUCUCAUCUCAACCUCGAUCACCCAUAUUGACCACUCCUCUAAAAAGAAACAUGAGUUCCUUUCAAAUUCCGAGCGAACAAUGGGCGCAGGUCGUCGAAAAGACCGGCGGACCCCUACAAUAUAAGAAGGUUCCAGUUCCUAAGCCUGGACCUGAUGAGGUACUCAUCAACAUCAAGUACUCUGGUGUCUGCCACACGGACCUACACGCCUUAAAUGGCGACUGGCCACUUCCCACCAAGAUGCCCUUCAUUGGUGGACACGAAGGUGCAGGUGUUGUUGUCGCACGUGGCGAGCUUGUCAAGGACAUCGAGAUCGGAGACCACGCCGGUAUCAAGUGGCUGAACGGUUCAUGCCUUACCUGCUCCUUCUGCCAACAGUCUGACGAAUCACUUUGCCCCCAUGCCUUAUUAUCAGGCUACACAGUAGAUGGUAGCUUCCAACAAUAUGCCAUUGGCAAGGCAGCUCACGUUGCCAGGAUCCCGAAGGACGUCAGCCUCGAAGCAGUUUCGCCCAUCCUGUGCGCUGGUCUAACAGUGUACAAGGCACUGAAGGAGUCUGGCGCAAGACCUGGCCAGCAAGUCGCCAUCGUCGGUGCUGGAGGUGGGCUUGGUAGCUUGGCUAUCCAGUACGCCAAGGCAAUGGGCUUACACACGAUCGCCAUUGACGGUGGUGAAGAGAAGGGCAAGCUCUGCAAGAGCCUCGGUGCUACAGACUACAUCGACUUUACCAAGAGCAAGAACGUAGUCCAAGACGUCAAGGCAGCAACAGCAGAUGGCUUCGGCCCUCAUGCUGUCCUACUACUCGCUGUCAGCGAAGGUCCCUUCCAGCAAGCUAGCGAGUACGUACGUAGCCGCGGAACCAUCGUUGCCGUCGGUAUGCCCGCAGGUGCAUACCUCAAGGCACCAGUGUUCGACACCGUAGUCCGCAUGAUCACCAUCAAGGGCAGCUACGUCGGUAACCGCCAAGACACCGCUGAAGCCCUCGACUUCUUCAGGAGAGGGCUCGUCUCCUCACCUUACAAGGUAGUCGGUCUUAGCAAGCUGCAGGAAGUAUUCGACUUGCUAAAGGCUGGCAAGAUCGCCGGUCGGUAUGUCGUCGACACAAGCAAAUAGACGGGCUCGGGGUCAAUAGAGUUUAAAGGGGUACGAUAAUGCUUUUCUUCUUCUAUAUAUAUAAAGUUCAUACAGGCGGGUUGGAUGAUGCGACGACGGCUAGACGAGAUGAAUGAGUGUACCAAUGUACCUACCAAUUGAAAUUUUGAUAUAUCUUCACAACAUUUCUUAGUGCUAUGACAGUGUCAAUCCUUACACGUGGCAUCUUUCACG